CUCCACUCCAUGUUGAACCGCCUCCCCGCCGCUCUCGCUCUUCUCCCCCGCCGCCUGUUCUCCUCCUCCUCCUCCUCCUCCUCCUCCUCCUCCUCCCGGAGGAGCGUGACCGGAGCCCGCCGCCUCCUGCUCCGCAUGGAGCCGGCCGUGGUGCGGUGCCUCCCCGGGGAGCCCACCCUCACCAUCUCCUUCCGCCUGGACGGCAGCAACAAGCAGAUGCUCCGGGACCAGGAGGAGGCGCUGGGCCGGGUCCUGGCCCGGAUCUCCAACGGCCUCAUCAAGAGCCAGGCCAAGAGGGCCAAGAAGAACCAGCAGAAGAACCAGCAGAAGAACCAGGAGAAGAACCAGGAGAACCAGCAGCCGGAGGACUGCACCGCGGUGGUGAAGCUGUUCUACGCCGGGGAAGAGGUGCCGGUCACGGCGCUCAACUGUGAGGCGUGGCGGGACGGAGCCGUGCUGCAGGUGGGAGAGCUUCAGUACUCGGUGCAGAGGAACCCGCCCACCUUCACCACCGCCGAGCUGCCGGCGUCUCUGCUGGCCGGCUUCCCCGUCUGUCCCAAGCUGGAGGUGGAGUUUGGGAACCUGCAGGACUGUGAGUUCACCUGGUUCAAAGAAAACACCCCAAACACCAGCCCUGAAGCCGCUGCAGCAGAAGCUCCAGGUGAGGACAGCAGCUGGACGGAGGUAGGACGUGGGAGGGUCUACGUCCCGUCCAAUCAGGACAUCGGCUCCAGGCUCAAGCUGUGCUGCACCCCUAGAGAAGGAGGGCGUGGCGGCCUGGACAGGGAGCUGGUCUCUGGGGGCGCCGUGGAGGCGGGGCCGGGCGUCUGCACCUUCGACAACAGACACCAGUACACGGUGAAGGAGGCGGAGUGGCCGGCGGUCAGGGUGGUGUCCUACAACAUCCUGGCUGACGUCUACGCUCAGACGGAGCUGUCUAGGACGGUGCUGUACCCGUACUGCGCCCCCUACGCCCUGCAGCUGGACUACAGGCAGAACCUGGUGAAGAAGGAGCUGGCCGGCUACAACGCUGACAUCAUCUGUCUGCAGGAGGUGGACAAAGGAGUGUUUGAGGACAGUCUGUCUCCAGCUCUGGACGCCUUCGGCCUGGACGGAGUCUUCAGGAUCAAAGAGAUGCAGCACGAAGGACUGGCCACUUUCUACCGCAGGUCAAAGUUUAAGCUGCUGAGCCGCCACGACAUCGUGCUGAGCGAGGCGCUGACCUCUGACCCCAGCUAUUCUACACUGCUGCAGACGGUUUCUGCUAACAGGAACCUGAGGGACCGGAUCGUACGGAGGUCCACCGUCCUGCAGGUCAGUGUGCUGGAGGACUUGAAAACACCAGACAGGAAGGUGUGUGUGGCCAACACACACCUGUACUGGCACCCCAAAGGAGGAAACAUCCGGUUGGUCCAGAUGGGCGUGGCUCUGAAACACCUGAGUCAUGUGAUCAGCCAGGUGGCCCCCGGAGCCCCUCUGCUCUUCUGUGGAGACUUUAACUCCAGCCCCACCUCAGGUGUGUUCCAGCUGCUGAGUGAGGCUGAGGUUCCUGAGCUUCAUGCAGACUGGAGCAGCUCUGGACCAGAGGAGUCCUGCAGCAUGGAGCUGCUCUCCUCCUUCCCCCCCCUGCUGAGCGCCUGCAGCCAGCCCGCCUACACAAACUACGUGGGAGGAUUCCACGGCUGCCUCGACUACAUCUUCAUCCAGCCGGACAGCAUGCAGGUGGAGCAGGUGAUUCCUCUCCCCAGUCAUCAGGAGGUUACCACCUACGAGGCUCUGCCCAGCGUCUCUCACCCCUCAGACCACAUCGCCCUGAUCUGUGACCUGCGCUGGAACCUCUGACCCCUGACCUCUGACCUCUGACCCCUGACCCCUGACCUCAAUCCACUGGAGAACCGACCGUCAGCUGCUCCCAGAGACGCGUUCUCACUUUGGAUUCCUUCACACUUGAUGAAAUCUGAGCAUGAAAACGUUUUCCUGCCAUGUAAAACAUCAUAAAACUGGAGGAACGGAGAAAUAAUCUCAAGUUCUUAUUGUAUUAUUGAUAGUACAAUAAUUCAUGAAUUUUAAUCACUGAUAUUCAGUGUUGGGGUGAUGAGUUAAUGAAUUGCACAUUGCGUGAUAUUUUUCUAAAAAGUAAAUAAUUAUUUGGUUGAUAACUACAGCACAUUAUGUUGAUAAUUGAUAUUCUGUUACAAAAAGAAAAAGUGAUGUAACUCCUCCCACCAUGAAACAUUUUAGUUCACUUGUUGCAUUCAGUAUCCAAUAAUACGGUUCAUAAAUAAAUAUUAACUUUUUAAUGAAAUUAUUUAAUAUUCCUAUUAUGUAUUUUUUUUCUUUGGCCGAAGAAGAUUCUCAGUGAUCUUUAAAGUUGUUUAUUUUAAAUAAAGUUUAAGUCGACAACAUCA